AUGCUCAUAUUCUCACGGUCCGGCCAAGUACUUCUGGUAACCAUGUCCUCAAGCAUUUUCAUCUUGCAGAAAUUUUGUCGCCUAGCCAGAUAUCCAUCCAACUCUUUAUUUUUAAAGAAUGGUCGGCACGUUAUUCAGCAGCCAAGUCACGAUCCAAAAGUCCGUCCAGGUGGAGUGGAUGUUGCUCGGCACUGGCAGGGCCUCGGCUUUCUCUUGAUAUACCUCUCGGCGAGGCCAGACAUGCAGCAACGGCGUGUAACUGCUUGGCUAGCUCAGCAUAAUUUCCCUCAUGGCCUUACGUUUUUCGUCGAUGGCUUUUCUGCUGAUCCUCUUCGACAAAAAGCGCAGAUUCUCCAACGUCUAACUCAAGAAAAAAUAGCGGGCUCUUCCAAUAUUCGCUCGUGAUGUGUUGGUGCUGUUUUAAUGCGCAAAAAUGUUUCCAUUGUAUCCUCGGAAAAUUAA